AUGCAGGACGCCAGGAGCACCCGUCCUGGCAGCCCUGGGGGUGCUGGAGACACACGGGGGCCGAGCCUGGGCCGGGGUGAGAUCGUCUUCGGAGGGUCCGGGAAGAAGCGAGGCAAGUUCGUGAGGGUGCCCAGCGGCGUGGCCCCGUCUGUGCUUUUUGAUCUGCUGCUGGCCGAGUGGCACCUGCCGGCCCCCAACCUGGUGGUGUCGCUAGUGGGCGAGGAGCGACCCUUCGCGUUGAAGCCGUGGCUGCGGGAUGUGCUGCGCAAGGGGCUGGUAAAGGCGGCUCAGAGCACAGGAGCCUGGAUCCUGACCAGCGCGCUCCGAGUGGGCCUCGCCCGCUACGUCGGGCAGGCCGUGCGUGACCACUCCUUGGCCAGCACGUCCACCAAGGCCCGCGUGGUGGCCAUUGGCAUCGCCUCGUUGGGCCGCGUGCUGCACCGCCAGCUCCUGGACCAUGCCCAGGGGGACAGCCCCGUGCACUACCCGUUGGACGACGGGGGCAGCCAGGGCCCCCUCAGCCCCCUGGACAACAACCACUCCCACUUCAUCCUGGUGGAGCCGGAGGCCCCCGGGAAGGGCGACGAGCCCGCGGAACUGCGGCUGCGGCUGGAGAAGUACAUCUCGGAGCAGAGGACAGGCUACGGGGGAACCAGCAGCAUCGAGAUCCCCGUCCUCUGUCUGCUGGUCAACGGGGACCCCAGCACCCUGGAGAGGAUUUCCAGGGCCGUGGAGCACACCACCCCGUGGCUGAUCCUGGCGGGCUCAGGGGGUGUCGCCGAUGUGCUCGCUGCCCUGGUGAACCAGCCCCACCUCCUGGCGCCCCAGGUGGCUGAGAAGCAGUUUAGGGAGAAGUUCCCCAGCGAGCACUUCUCCUGGGAGGACAUCGUGUGCUGGACCAGGCUGCUACAGACCAUCAUGUCCCACCCGCACCUGCUCACCGUGCACGAUUUCGAGCAGGAGGGCUCCGAGGAGCUGGACACGGUCAUACUCAAGGCGCUGGUAAAAGCCUGCAAGAGCCACAGCCAGGAGGCACAGGACUACUUGGACGAACUGAAGUUGGCCGUGGCCUGGGACCGCGUGGACAUCGCCAAGAGCGAGAUCUUCAACGGGGACGUGGAGUGGAAGUCCCGCGACCUGGAGGAGGUGAUGAUGGACGCGCUGGUGAGCAACAAGCCCGAGUUCGUGCGCCUCUUCGUGGACAAUGGCGCGGACGUGGCGGACUUCCUGACCUACGGGCGGCUGCAGCAGCUCUACCGCUCCGUGGCCCCCAAGAGCCUGCUCUUCGACCUGCUGCAGCGCAAGCACGAGGAAGGCCGGCUGACGCUGGCCGGGCUGGGCACCCAGCAGGCCCGGGAGCCGCCCGCCGGGCCGCCCGCCUUCUCCCUGCACGAGGUCUCGCGGGUGCUCAAGGACUUCCUGCACGACGCCUGCCGUGGGCUCUACCAGGCGGUGAGUGCGGGCGGCGGGAGUGAGCGGGGCCCGGCCCGGCGGACCCCGGGCCAGAAGGGGCGGCUGGACUUGAACCAGAGGAGCGAGGACCCCUGGAGAGACCUGUUCCUGUGGGCGGUGCUGCAGAACCGCCAUGAGAUGGCCACCUACUUCUGGGCCAUGGGCCAGGAGGGGGUGGCUGCCGCUCUGGUCGCCUGCAAGAUCCUCAAAGAGAUGUCCCACCUGGAGACAGAGGCCGAGGUGGGCCGGACUCUGCGGGAGGCCAAGUACGAGCAGCUGGCCCUGGACCUCUUCUCCCAGUGUUACCGCCACAGCGAGGAGCGCGCCUUCGCCCUGCUGGUGCGUCGGAACCGCUGCUGGAGCAGAACCACCUGCCUGCACCUGGCCACCGAGGCCGACACCAAGGCCUUCUUUGCCCACGACGGGGUGCAGGCCUUCCUGACCAAGCUCUGGUGGGGGGACAUGGCCUCGGGCACCCCCAUCCUGCGGCUGCUGUGCGCCUUCUUCUGCCCGGCCCUCAUCUACACCAACCUCAUCACCUUCAGCGAGGAGGCCCCCCUAAGGACAGGCCCAGAGGACCUGCAGGAGCUGGACAGUCUGGACACAGAGAAGAGCCUGCUCUGCGGCCUGGGCAGCGGGGCAGAAGAGCUGGCUGAGGCGCUGAGGGGUGAAGGUGACCGAGGCCGGAGAGCCGCCUUCCUGCUAACACGCUGGCGGAAGUUCUGGGGGGCGCCCGUCACCGUGUUCCUCGGGAACGUGGUCAUGUACUUUGCCUUCCUCUUCCUGUUCACCUACGUCCUGCUGGUGGACUUCCGGCCCCCUCCCCAGGGGCCGUCGGGGUCUGAGGUCACCCUCUACUUCUGGGUCUUCACGCUGGUGCUGGAGGAGAUCCGGCAGGGCUUCUUCACAGACGAGGACACGCGCCUGGUGAAGAAGUUCAUGCUCUACGUGGAGGACAACUGGAACAAGUGCGACAUGGUGGCCAUCUUCCUGUUCAUCGCCGGGGUCACCUGCAGGAUGCUGCCCUGGGCCUUCGAGGCCGGCCGCACGGUGCUUGCCCUCGACUUCAUGGUGUUCACACUCCGGCUCAUCCACAUCUUCGCCGUCCACAAGCAGCUGGGCCCCAAGAUAAUCAUCGUGGAGCGGAUGAUGAAGGACGUCUUCUUCUUCCUCUUCUUCCUGAGCGUGUGGCUCGUGGCCUACGGCGUGACCACGCAGGCACUGCUGCACCCGCACGACGGCCGCCUGGAGUGGAUCUUCCGCCGCGUGCUCUACCGGCCGUACCUGCAGAUCUUCGGGCAGAUCCCGCUGGACGAGAUCGACGAAGCCCGCGUGAACUGCUCCCGGCACCCGCUGCUGCUGGAGGGCUCGCCCUCCUGCCCCAACCUCUACGCCAACUGGGUGGUCAUCCUCCUGCUGGUCACCUUCCUACUGGUCACCAACGUGCUGCUCAUGAACCUGCUCAUCGCCAUGUUCAGCUACACGUUCCAGGUGGUGCAGGGCAACGCGGACACCUUCUGGAAGUUCCAGCGCUUCCACCUCAUCGUGGAGUACCACCAGCGCCCCGCGCUAGCACCCCCGUUCAUCCUCCUCAGCCACCUGAGCCUGGUGCUCAAGAGGCUCCUGCGGAGGGGGGCCCCGCAGAGGCAGGCGCGCCUGGAGAGGGACCUGCCAGAGCCUCUGGACCAGAAGGUGGUCACCUGGGAGGUGGUGCAGAAGGAGAACUUCUUGAGCGAGCUGGAGAAGCGCCGGAAGGAGAGCCAGGAGGAGCUGCUGCGGAAAGCGGCACACAGAGUGGAUGUCGUAGCCAAGCUCCUUGGGGGCCUGAGGGAACAGGAGAGGCGCGUCAAGCGUCUGGAGUCUCAGGUCGGCUACUGCGCAGCGCUCCUCUCCUCCAUGGCCGAGUCGCUGGCCCGCGGCAGCGCCUACUGGAACUCUCGGAACUCCAGCAGCGGGAACCCACCAGCCUCUGCUGACCACGGAGGGGCCCUGGGUAGCAGGGAGCGCCCAGAGGCUGGCCAGCCACCCUCCAACCCCUGA